AUGGCUGAGUGGAAGUGCAAUGGGAUUGAUGACUGUGGCGAUUCCUCAGAUGAAGAUGUCUGCGCCCCCUGCCCGCCUGGUAUGGUGCGAUGCGAUGAGGGGAAGUGUAUCCUGGAGUCCCUGAUGUGCAAUGAUGAGGAUGACUGCCUGGACGGCACCGAUGAGCCCAGCACAUGCGGUCGGAGCUGCUUUGUACGCAACGGGGGCUGCGCGGAGACGUGCACUGACACGCACUGGGGAGUGCAGUGCUCCUGUGGGGCUGGCUGGGUGCUGCAGGCAGACGGGCAGAGCUGUGCUGAUGUGGACGAGUGCUCCCUGGAGUACAGCCCCUGCAGCCAGCUGUGCAGCAACACCCCGGGUGCUUUCAGCUGCGCCUGUCUCCAGGGCUACACCCUGUGGCACGGCACCACCUGCGAAGUGGCAGACAAUGCAACGCAGAUCCUGCUGGCCGUGGGGCAGGACCUGGCCCUUCUGGAUGUGCGGACCCAAGCCUACCGGCCCUUGCUCUCCACCGAGACUGAACCCCGUGCCCUGGUGUAUGACCUGCUGCGAGAAACCUACUACUGGCUGACAGAGGAUGGCGAGCUCCACACUCACGUGCCGGGGAAGGGCACACGGCCCCUCUAUCCAGAUGCCGGGGAGGUGAACAGCAUCUCCGUGGACUGGUACACAGGGCAGCUGUACUGGGCCAGCAGUCACCCUGCAGCCAUCUGUGCAGGGCUGGGCGAUGGCCGGGGCUAUGUGGCAGUGCUGGGGAAGGAUGUGGCACCAGAGCAGCUGACAGUGCAUCCAGCUGCAAGGUCCCUGUACUGGAUCAACCGGGGGCAGAGGGGCCGGACAGUCGUUGCUGCAGCUGGCAUGGAUGGCUCAAACCGGCGGGAGCUCACAGUGGUGUCCAUGGAGGAGCCUGUGGGGCUGAGCCUGGACCAUGUGGCUGGCAGGCUGUACUGGAUCAGCGAGUACAAGGAGUCCAUUGAGACGCUGCGGGUGGAUGGCAGCGGGCGCCACUCCUUUCCUGCUGUCCUGAGGAGCCACUCGGAGCCACUGGGCCUGGCUGUGUUUGAGAGCCGGUUCUUCUGGACCGAUGGCACAGAGCUGGCAUCAGCCACCCGGGCCUCUCCCCAGGAGCAUGCGGUGUUGCUCCGUGCCCCUGUCUCUGCUUUCACUGUGCUGCAUGCACUGCAGCAGCCUCCCCGGGACACUGCUGCGUGUGCUCCGGGCCUGUGCAGUCACCUUUGCCUCCUGUCCCCUGUGCACCCUCAGGGCUACAAGUGUGCCUGUCCUGAGGGCCUCUUCCUUCUGCCCUCAGGGAAAUGCGCAGAGCUGUCCAUCAUGUAUGCAUCAGGGAAGGCCAUCUCCCUGGUGCAGGUGGGCCCUGGAGCACGCAGCAAAUGGGUGAAGGAGUGGCAGGAGCCCAUCCACCUACAAGAUGUAGACUGGCAGAGGUCGGUGCUCUAUGGGACAGAUGAUCAUGGAACAUUGCUGCGUGUCGUGGGGCACCCUGGCAGGAGAGAGACCAUUGCAACUGGGUUGCCAGUCUGCUCUGCCCGUGUGGACAUCCGCUUGGGGGACCUGUACUGGCUCGCAUGUAACCGAAGGGACAUCGGGGUGAUCCAGGCGUCUGACAUGUCCCUGCGCAUCCUGCACCGUGCUCGCAGCAGCAUCCAGCACCUCUUCUUGGACUGGCAGCGGGGCAGCCUUCGGGCACUGAGUCUGACCAAGCGGCAAGCAGUCACUGUGUCACCCAGCUGGUCCCAUGGCCUUGUGGCCGCCUUCGAGCCAUACCUGGUGUCAACAAAUGGGACAGCUCUGCUGCUGUGGGACCGGAGGACGCUGGCCCUUGUGCUAUCUGUGCCAGCAGCAGGUGUACAGGAGGUGGUGGCCUUUGUGGGCUUGGAGCCGCAGGCUGUCCUCCAUCUGUCCUGUCCUCGCACGCAUGUGCCCUGCCGUGAUGGCACGGAGUGCGUGGCCCAGGAGUACGUGUGUGAUGGGGAGAAGGACUGCGCAGAUGGCUCUGACGAGGAUGGGUGUGCCCAGCUGUGCGACACCCCAGGGGCCUUCCACUGUGCAAGCGGAGCCAUAUGCAUCAGGGCUGAGGAGCACUGCGAUGGGGUGCCGCAGUGCCCCGAUGCCUCGGAUGAGGCGGGCUGCUGGAGCCCCACGCAGGAGUGCGCCCUGCGCUGUGACACUGCUACCCACUGCAUCCCUGAGAGCUGGCUGUGUGAUGGUCAUGCUGACUGCCUGGACCAUGCCGAUGAGCAGGGCUGUGUGCCAAAGGAGUGUGGCCCAGCUGAGUUCUCCUGCCGGAGUGGGCAGUGCGUGGCCCUGGCCCUGCGCUGCGAUGGUGACCGUGACUGCCAGGACGGCUCGGAUGAGGAGGGCUGUGCCAUGCCCCGGCCGUUGCUCUGCCGCACAGGCGAGGUGGCAUGUCCCCGCAGUGCGGAGUGCGUGCCAGAGGCUUGGCGUUGCGACGGCGCUGCCGACUGUGGGGAUGGCACAGAUGAGGAGGGCUGUCCCUGGGAGGAAGGGCUGUGUGGGGACCGGCAGUGGGGCUGUUCCCAUGGCCACGAGUGCAUCCCUGAUGUCUGGCGCUGCGAUGGAGAGAGUGACUGCACAGAUGGCAGCGAUGAAGCUGGCUGCUAUCAGCUGGCUGAGGAUGGUCUGUCCUGCAUGGACAUAAAUGAGUGCACAGAGCAGGGCGAGGGAGCGUGCAGCCAGACGUGCCGCAAUGCCCCAGGGUCCUACAGCUGUGACUGUCUCCCUGGCUACCUGCUGGAGCCCGAUGGCCAUGUCUGCAAACUCACUGGACCAGAGCCCAUCUUGCUGGUGGCUGUGCAGUCAGAGGUGUUGUCCUAUGGCCUGCGGAGUGGGCGUGAGGAGGUGCUGCUGGCCACUGACAAGGAUCGCGUUGUCUUCUCGCUUGACUAUGACCUGGUGGAAAGGAAAGUCUUCUGGAUGGAUCUGGCUACAGAGAGCAUCCGCUGGCAGGAUCUCAACUCUGGCAAGAAAGGCACACUGGUGAAAGGUGUAAGAUCGGACUGUAUAGCUGUGGACUGGCUCGGAAGGAAUCUGUACUGGACAGAUGGUGUAGGAGGGCAGGUGCUGGCCACUCGCCUGGGGGCUGCCUGGCGGGGGAUACCAGAGUACGCUGUGGUCAUGGAUGGAGACCUGGACCGGCCCCACUCCCUGGUGCUCCAGCCUCUGGCAGGGCUGUUGUACUGGUCAGAGGUGGGGAGCCACCCGCGGCUGAUGGAGGCUGCCAUGGAUGGGAGUCGGCGGCAUGUGCUUCUGGCCCAGGGGCUGGGCUGGCCCACAGCACUGGCCCUCGACCUCCCCACCUGGAGGAUCUUCUGGCUGGAUGAAAAACUGAGCAGCAUCGGUUCUGCACGUCUGGAUGGCACCAGUGUGAAGGUCCUGCAACUGGGCUGGGUCCAGAGCCCCUUUGCGGUGGCUGUGUGUGAGGGGCAGCUCUACUGGUCGGAGAGGAAGGCAUGGUCCGUGCAGCAGGUAGACAAGACCAGUGGCAAGAACAGGACUGUGCUGCUCAAGCGACAUGGGCAACCCCAUGGCCUCCAGUGCCGGUGCCCUGCCGGGCUGACACUGGCUGCCGACGAGACCACCUGCCUGCCCAUCCGAGACUCGACCUUUGCCCUCCUGGUGUCACCAGCAGCUGUGGCACAGGUCUACCUGAAGGACCUGCCCACAACAUCUGGAUCCCAAGGUCUUCCCCCGCACCGGGCCCUGCCCUUGGCCAAGGUGGGCCGUCUGACAGCCGUAGACUACGCAGUGAAAGACAAGAGCCUGUACUUUGCCGAGGUGGGGGGUGACUCCAUCGGGCUGCUGCGCCUAAAGGACUGGGGCCGGCUGUCCUGGAGGCAGGCAGUGACUGUGGAGGGCAUGGUGACAUCCCUGGCCCUGGACUGGCUGAGCGGGAACCUGUACUGGAUCGGGGGGCAGCCACCCAGCAUCCACAUGGCAGCUCCUGGGGGGCGGUGGGCCCUGGCACUGCUCAGUGAGGGGCUGCAGGGUGCUGCCUGGCUGGCGCUGUGCCCUCGCGCCUCCACCAUGUGCUUCGUCACAGCAGCCAGCAGCCGUGGGCCCGGCGCCACGGUGGAGUGCAUGGCCAUGGACGGCACUGGCCGCAGAGCGGUCUGGAGGAAAGCCUGGGCUCCCACGGGCCUCACCUUCGGGGGUGCCAGUACCCGGCUGUACUGGGCAGACCGUGAGAGAGGCACCAUCAGCAGCGUCGAGCUGGACGGAUCCCGCUUCCGGGUGGUGCGGGAAGGGCUCCAUGGCCUCUCACUCUUUGCCAUCGGAGAAGGCUUCCUGCUCUGGAGCACGACCUCAACCAACGGUUCCAGCAAGAUCUGGCAUAGCCGGCUGGAGCAGGCCAAGAGCUGGUGGUUCCCAAUGGAGCAGGAGUUGGUAGCCAUGAAGAUUUACAGCCAGUUCUCGCAGGAAGGCACCAAUGGCUGCGCGAAGAGCAAUGGGGGCUGUGCCCAGCUAUGCCUGCCCAACCCCACAGGGCGGCUGUGCCGCUGCUCCCCUGGCUACCACCUGGUGCGUGGGGUGGCAUGCACGCUGGCGCUGCCCUGCCCAGCCCCGCUCCAGGCCUGCCCUGACCUCCAGAGCUGCAUUUCUGCAGAGCAGGUCUGCGAUGGGCGACUGGACUGUGAUGAUGGCUCCGAUGAGUCUGGCUGCCCCUCCAUGGAGGUGAGGACGUGGAUCCCCACGGUGGCACCAUCAGGAAUGUCCCACGUGGAAGAACAGAAACCAGCCUUGCCCACAGCUGCAUCUAAGCCUCAUCAGCCUGGCCCCAGCCUGCCUGCAGCCCCUGGCCCCCGGGAGCAUGGAGAGCCAUUCCUGGUACCCCCUAGCACGGAGGAGGUGCUGGGGGCUGUGCCGUGCAGCAGCGAGACGUGUAACCUGCGUGGGGACUGCGCCAUCGAGGCUGGGCGAGUGACGUGCCACUGCGCCCUGGGCUAUCGUGGUGACUACUGCGAGGAGGCAGAGGUGCAGCCUGUUGCAGGACCUAUUGCCCUGGGGGUGGCUGUGCUCCUGCUGCUCGCUGCUGCUGCUGUGGGGGCCCUGGCUUACAUGCGGAGACGGGACAGGCGGAGGAGGACCUCAAGCACUGCCUCCACUCGGGUGCUGACCUUGUACCACCGUGAAAGCGACCCGGAGGAAGAGGAUGAGGAGGAGGAAGAGCUUCCUCCCAAGAGUGAUACCUUUGUGAAUGAAGCUUACAAUGGAAAAGAGGAGCUGCCAGCCCCGCUGAGGAAGGGACCAUCUCGCCCCGACACUGUGUUUUCAUAA